AGAUUAAACUUGAUAAAUGUGAGAUUUUAACCUGAACCCACUGUGUGUGUGUGGAUGGUGAACAGAGAUGACUCCAAGGUGUCAAGGAGGCCAAUUCUGGGACGGUCUGGUCAAAAAAUGCAUGACCUGUGAGAUGGUGUGUUACAAACCCGAACCCCCCAACGUCUGCUCCGACUUCUGUGUGGCCUACGAGUGUAAAAUUGCUCCCGGUCAUUUUUAUGACAGUUUGCUGAAGAAGUGUUUGAAAUGUUCCGAGCUGUGCGGCCAUCACCCUACAGAAUGCUCGAAGGAGUGUCUGAGUAAUCCAAACCCUUUGGGAGUCUCCGUGGUGCCGCAGCUGAUCACCAAGGGACGCGGUGAUGUUAAAAGUGUUCCAUACUCAGAAGUGCUGGUGUACUCACUGCUCGGGCUUUGCUUCGCCCUGCUGCUGAGCACAAUGCUAAUGACAGUGUUAGUGCUGCUGAAGAGAGCCAGAGAGAACAGGGACAUGGUGGAAAAGAAGGACCAGCAACCAGAUGAGCACACACAAUCAUCUAAAGAUUGUCUCAUGGCGGCCGCUGUAACCCAGGAAGUCACCGUGAUCCCGGACCGCCUCAGAGCCACAGAAACCUGCGUCUGUUGUUUUUCUGAGCAGGCGAGGACUCAGCCGACACUGUAUCAGCAAGCUGUACCGCAAUACAGCGCCCAUCGUCAAACCAAUGGCUCGGCCCACGGCCACGUUAGCAGCGAGGCCUGCAGGCGGGACGAUGUUCCGAAGAUCAUAUGCUCUCCCACACAGACUAGCACCUGAGAGAGGCGGCCAUAAAUACUAGACGGUAGCUGUUUUUCAGACUGUAGUGAUCGGGAUUUACCUGGAGCCGUGUUUACUGAUGAAUAUGAAAUGAAUAUUUUGGGUUUAGCAUCAACAGUAGAAGAAUUUCCAAGUAGAUGAAGAGCGUUAUCAUGCGCUGAUGUGUGUAUGCUAAUAAAUGUGGCAUUUUAAACCACAUAACAGCCUGUAACUCAUUCAUAAUCGUAUG